AUGGAUCAGAACAACCAGUCCGGGGUUCCAGGCCCUGCUGGUCGGAAGCUCCAUAUUGCUCACCGGAGAAGUCCCUCUGAGCUUACCCCUCUGAUGAUGGAACAACUGGCCAUCCAGCAACAAAUUGAGCUUCUUCAGCAGCAGCAGCAGCAAAUUGCGGCUACACAUCAACAAUACGUUAACAUGGGUCUGCUCCAGCCUCAGCAGCUGGGUCAGGUCAACGCCUUCUCUCCCGGCGGCGGCCUGGGCGGUGGUACCCCCCAAGUCGGCACUGCCUUCCAGUUCCCUCAACAGCCUCAACAACCCCAACAGCAGCAACUUGGGGUGUCCAUGAAUGCACCGGCCCACAACACUCAUCGUCGUAACCAAUCUGCUCUUCCCGGCAUGGCCAUGGGGCCUCCUCCUGCACCCUCAUCCGGAGCCUCCGGCUAUGCCGAUUACAACCAACAGGGUAAUAAUAUGCAGAAGACUGAAAAUACUGGUCAUGGCCGUGGACGUGGUGGUCCACCCGGCGGUGGUCACCAGCGGCGCCAUUCUCUUGCGUUGCCCGAGGCCAAGAAGGCCGCGGAGCUUGCACAGCAGAAGCGAACCGCAUCUGGCUUCUCAUUCCCCCAGGCUCCUGCCCCAGGUGGUGGCUCGGAUAAUCAGACUGGAUCAGAAGAGAAGCCACCAUCCAGCACCUCCCCGGCACCUCAGGGACUCGGUAUGCAGCGUGCUGGUAAUGUUCGAGCUGGUGGUCAUGGCCGAAGCCAGUCCAUGGCGGUAGGCGGCUCCCGAGGCUCACUAUCUGGUCGUGGUGCGGGUGGAUUCCAAUUCCCGCAGAUUCCUGAAUCUGGCCAAUCCGAUAACCAGCGUCGGGGUAGCCAGACAGGAGGCCAUGCUCGCUCUGGAUCACGAAACUUUGACGGAAAUUGGCGCCAGCCAAACAACCAAAACCAGGACCAGCAGAAGCCUUUUGGCCAACAGCAGGGCGGCAACUUCCAGCCUGGCCAUCGUUCGCGAGCUUCUAUGAACCAGUCUAUGGGCUCCAUUGGGCAAUUCCAGUACCCUGGUCAGCCUCAGCUUAUCCAAUUGCCUCAGGGAGGGGUCAUGAUGGCUCCACCAAAUAUCUUUGGUGCCAACCAGCAACUGAACCCAAUGCAGAUUGCUCAACUACAAGCUCUUCAGCAACAGAAUGGGCAGGCUCUUGGUGGCCUUGGGGCUAGCCAGCAUGCCCCGCCGCAGCUGACCGUACAGCAGCAGCAACAACAGCAGCAGCAGCAACGCAAGACCCUUUUCACUCCUUACCUUCCCCAGGCCAACCUUCCCGCUCUUAUCAGCAAUGGCCAGUUGGUGGCUGGUGUUCUGCGCGUCAACAAGAAGAACCGAUCUGAUGCCUAUGUCACAACCACCGACUUGGAUGCCGACAUCUUUAUUUGCGGUAGCAAGGAUCGCAAUCGUGCUCUUGAGGGUGACUUUGUCGCCAUUGAGCUCCUUGAUGUCGACGAGGUGUGGUCACAGAAGAAGGAGAAGGAAGAGAAGAAGAAACGGAAAGACAUCACCGAUGCUCGGUCUGGCAGCAAUGCCGGUAACGACAAGCUUGGACGGUCUGACUCUAACAAUGAAAAGCAAGAAAUUGGACCAGAUGGAAGCAUCCGCCGUCGCGGCAGUCUUCGCCAGCGUCCCACGCAGAAGAAGAAUGAUGAUGUCGAAGUUGAAGGCCAGAGUUUGCUUUUGGUUGAAGAGGAUGAGAUUAGUGAUGAGCAAAAGCCCCUGUACGCUGGGCACGUUGUUGCUGUCAUUGAGCGCAUUCCGGGCCAGAUGUUCUCAGGAACCCUUGGUCUCUUGCGGCCAAGCAGCCAGGCCACUAAAGAAAAGCAAGAAGCUGAGCGUCAAUCCCGUGAUGGCAAUGGCCGUAACCAGGAUCGACACCAGGACAAGCCUAAGAUCGUUUGGUUCAAGCCUACUGACAAGCGUGUUCCUCUGAUCGCAAUCCCCACCGAGCAAGCACCUCGUGACUUUGUGGAGAAGCACCAGGACUAUGCCAAUCGUAUAUUUGUUGCUUCCAUCAAGCGGUGGCCCAUUACCUCCCUGCACCCCUUCGGUACCCUUGUCGAGCAACUUGGUGAGAUGGGUGACCUGCGUGUUGAGACCGAUGCUCUUCUUCGUGAUAACAACUUUGGCUCUGACGAAUUUUCUGAUGCCGUCAUCAAGAGCAUUGGCUACGAGGAUUGGUCUGUUGCCAAGGAAGGUGAUGCACUCGCCCAACGCCGCGAUUUCCGUGAGGAGACCACUUUCACCAUUGAUCCCCAGGACACCCAGGCACUGGAGGAUGCUUUCCACGUCAAGAAACUUGACGAUGGCAAGAUUGAGCUUGGUGUUCACGUUGCUGAUAUUGCCCACUUUGUAAAGAGCAAUUCUCUUGUGGAUCGGGAGGCUAAGAAGCGAGGAACUGCUGUGUACUUGGUUGAUCGAAUCAUGAACAUGCUGCCCCCUCGUGUCUCUACUGAGCUGUGCUCCCUACUUCCUGGCGAGGACCGACUGACUGUCAGUGUGGUAUUCAAGGCUAACCCCGAGACUGGCGCCGUUGACGACGAUGUCUGGAUCGGCAAGGGCGUCAUCAAAAGCGCUGGCCGUCUUGGAUAUGAUGAGGUUAACUCCGUGCUUACCGGAAAAUUGGAUAAAACCGAUGCUGGUAUCGCCGUCGAGAGUAUCCAGCUUUUGAACACCAUUGCGAACAAGUUCCGUGAUGCGCGGUUCGGUAAUCGCGUGGCCAAUGUUCCUUCUUUGCGCAUUAUUCAACAGCUUGAUGACGAGAAUGUGCCUGUCGAGUACAACAUCUUCGACUCCACUCCAGCUCAUGAGCUUGUUGAAGAACUGAGCCGUCAGGCCAACUUCUUUGUCGCGCGCAAGAUCUCCAACGCGAUGCCUGAAAAGGCAUUCCUGCGCCGCCAGCCCUCCCCCAAUCCUCGCCGUCUGACUCAGUUCGUCGACCGCAUGAACCGUCUUGGAUACGGCCUUGACGCAUCCAGUAGUGGUAGCUUGCAGAGCUCUCUCUGCAAGGUGCAGGACGUCGAUCUCCGCAAGGGAAUGGAAACCUUGCUGGCUAAAGCCAUGCAACGCGCCAAAUACUUUGUUGGGGCUGGUUCUGGCGACGAACUGCGCCAGCAUUACACUUUCAAUGUGCCCGUUUACACUCAUUUCACCAACCCAUCUCGACGCUACUCAGACAUUGUCGUCCAUCGUCAGCUCGAGUCCAUUCUUUCCGAGGGAGCGAUUGAAUUCAUGGAUGAUGUCGAGUCCCUGAACAAGACUGCCGACCUUUGCAACAACAAGAAAGACUCGGCUCACAAUGCUCAAGAGCAGAGUGUUCACAUUGAAGCUUGUCGCAACAUGGAUCGCAAGAGCCAUGAGAUUGGAGGUGAUCUUAUCAGUGAGGGUAUCGUUCUUUGCGUGUACGAGUCGGCCUUUGAUGUUCUUAUCCCCGAGUAUGGCUUUGAGAAGCGAGUGCAUUGCGAUCAGCUGCCGCUCAAGAAGGCUGAGUUCCGCAAGGAGACCCGCAUUCUCGAAUUGUACUGGGAAAAGGGUGUUCCGUCCUCUGCUUACAUCCCGGAAGAUGAGCGCCCCAAGCCUACCAACUCUCGCGCUGCUCAGGCUGCGGCUGCGGCCCGUGAGGCUGAGGCUGCCAAAGAACGCGCCCGGGAGCAGGACGAGGCCAUGCGCAAGCAAACUGAGACCGGUACAAUGUCCGCUGACGAUGUUGAUGCCCUCUUUGAUGAUGAUGAAGAUGUGGACGAGGUGACUGAGCAGGCUGCCGGGGUGUCUCUCAGCUCUGCUGAUCGGUCUACCCAGAGCAUGCCGCCGUCGCCCACCCGCAACGGCCAUCUGCAGCAAGCUCCCCAUCGUACUCGUUCCGAUCCUAAGAUUGCCUCGAGCACCAGCGACGCUCCUGAGAGCAAGCUUACCAACAAGGAGAAGUACCUCAAGCUCUUCAAAUUGCGUGAAGAGGAUGGCGAGUUCAUUCAGGAUGUCAUUGAGAUGUCCCGUGUGCCUAUCAUCCUAAAGACUGAUCUUAGCAAGAGCCCACCAUGCCUCACUGUUCGGUCCGUGAACCCUUACGCUCUGUAA